UUUACUAUAUUUUGCUCCCUAACCCCUUUUUUUUUUUAAAUGUUGAGCUCCCCUCAUUUGAAUAGAGGCAGUGCAGGCUCCACCCCAAGAGAGUUGAAAGGCUAGAAGACCACAAAGAUGGAAAAGGCCAGCCCACUGAGGGAGGGAAAAAAAAACUGCUCCGGUUCCUCUGCCAUAAUUUCCUAUCAGCCUAUUCAGACAACAUCACCAACAGCUUGGUGUGUGCGUGUGUGUGUGUAUGGGAGCAAAGCAGAGCGAGAGAGCCAGCACACGAGAGGCAGAGAGAGAGAGAGAGAGACAGAGAGAGAGAAAGAGAGAGAGAGAGAGAGAGCGAGCGAGCGAGAGAGAGAGAGAGCAGGGAAGGGGGAGGCUCCGUAUUCUUUCACCUACCCCCCAUCAAACCACAGGAAGGAGGGGCCAGACCCUAAGCUGCCAAUCAAAUCUGCUCGUGGCAGCCGGCAUUAUCUCAGCAACAAACUAUUGACAGAUUACAUGUCAAGGAGUUUAGUGCAUGAUUGAAGGAAGCCUUUUUUUUUAUCUAGUUACUUUUCCGCUUUAUUUCCCCUUUCACCAACCAACAUUCGAAUGACUUUCUGACAGAGUUGAGUAAUAUUAUGAAAGUUACAUGUCUGAGAGGAUUUAACUUCGACUUCCCUGAAUAUGCCUUCCACAAAACCAGGAUGAAAUGAGGGAGAAAAACAAGCGCAGAGAGAAGAAACAUCAGAGAUCAAACGAUCAAAUAAACUCCAGAUGCACGUGGGCUGCCAUGCAUCUUGCCGCAGUAGCCAAAGUGUUCAGGGCUACUUGAUAUGGGCCAGGAGCAAGCUGAAAGGAGUUUAUGCACUGAAAAGACCUCAGGAAAACCCAAGAUGGCCGCCAAAAGGAAAGGUGGCCUAAAGCUCAACGCUAUCUGUGCCAAGCUGAGCCGCCAGGUGGUGUUCGACAACAGCUCCCAGAACGCAGAGGGAGACCAGAGUGUAGCAGAAAACAGCGAGCGUGGCAGUUCCCACUACGAUGACAAUGAGACCAACUUCCCUGAAAGCCUGAGCCUAAAUCAGAGCCUAGAGGAAGACCAGAAGAGGCGUGAGGCCAUUGAGAAGUGGGUCAACGGUGAGUACGGCGAUGAACCGCCGGCGCCUGACUGUGGGAAUGAACAGAGACAUGGACACAAAGUCAGCAAUGACGAAGACGGCCCCCCUGAGGGCGUGUACAUGGUACAGCCCAAGGGCUGCAGCGAUGAGGAAGACAAUGCGGAUGAACCCGAGACCAUGGUGGGGUCUCAGGAUGGCAGUUACCACGACGACAAAGACUCUGAAGACGGUCCUCCUAAAGAGGAUGUCCACAUGCCGCCAAGCGAGGCCCAGAGUCGCCAAGCACCUUUCUCCUCUCAAGGAGAAGCAUCUGCCCUGCGAGACUAUGCAGCUAACACCAUGAAUGAGUUUUUGGGAAUGUUCGGAUAUGAUGACCAGCAGGUGAGGGAUGAGUUGACCAAGAAGAUCAGCUUUGAGAAGCUCAAAGCCGCUACCUCAGACCCCUCGUCCCUGAGCAGUGAGGAGGCCUCGCGGCGUGCCCGCUUCUCCAAAUAUGAAGAGUACAUCCGCAAGCUGAAGGCCGGCGAAACCCUACCCUGGCCCAUGCAUGCUUCCCCACCAAAACCAGUCGACCUCAAUUCAAAAUUGGCCCAAGACAAGAGUGCUGCCAUGCUACAGAUCUCUGGGUGCCUCCCAGGGGCUGAGGCCCAGAUCUACCCCUCCAGUUUGGACCAUAAGCAGCCUGGAGGACCCCAACUGGGCACCUCUCAGCCACCCAACCCCUCUCACAUCCAGAACCUGGCCUCUCGAGCCUCCAAAUAUGACUUCUUCAUUGAGAAGCUGAAAAUGGGUGAGAGCCUUCGGCAGCAGAAUGGCAAUGCUUACAAGCGACCCUCCAAGUAUGACCUGGAGAAUGUCAAGUUUCUGCACCUCUUCAAGCCUGGUGAGGGCAACCCUGACAUGGGCGGUGCUAUCGCCUUCAAGACUGGCAAAGUGGGACGCCCGUCCAAGUAUGAUGUCAGGAACAUUCAGAAGCCAGUGAUGCCGGGGAAGCCAGAGGCCUCACUGAUGCCCAACGUUCUUGCAGCAACACCAGGGAACCCAGGAGCUCCUGGUGUCCCAACUGUAGGCACAGCUGGGGCCAGCAUCGCCCCAGGGCUCACAAUGGACCAGGCGGGACACAUGAGCUUCAACACACCUGACUACUUAAAGUCCAGCUUUUCCAAGACCGACUCCAUUACCACAGGCACUGUAUCGUCUGUUAAGAAUGGCCUGCCACCGGAGAAACCCGCUGGCGAAGACGUCAACCUCUACCAGAAAUAUAUUGCGAGGUUCUCUGGAAGUCAGCACUGUGGACACGUGCACUGUGCCUACCAGUACAGAGAGCAUUACCACUGCAUGGACCCCGAGUGUAACUAUCAGGUGAGCAGGUUUACCAGUAAGCAGGAUGUAAUCAGGCACUACAACAUGCACAAGAAGAGGGACAACUCCCUGCAGCAUGGCUUCAUGCGCUUCAGCCCCCUGGACGACUGCAGCGUCUAUUAUCACGGUUGCCACCUCAAUGGGAAGAGCACCCAUUACCACUGCAUGCAGGUGGGCUGCAACAAGGUGUACACCAGCACCUCGGAUGUCAUGACUCAUGAAAACUUCCACAAAAAGAAUGCCCAGCUAAUCAAUGACGGCUUCCAGCGGUUCCGCGCCACCGAGGACUGCGGCACAGUCGAGUGUCAGUUCUACGGGCAAAAGACCACACAUUUCCACUGCAGGCGCCCAGGCUGCACAUUCACCUUCAAGAACAAGUGUGACAUUGAGAAGCACAAGAGCUAUCACAUCAAGGAUGAUGCCUACGCCAAGGAUGGCUUCAAGAAGUUCUACAAAUAUGAGGAAUGCAAGUAUGAGGGCUGUGUGUACAGCAAGGCUACCAACCACUUCCACUGCAUCCGCUCAGGCUGCGGCUUCACCUUCACCUCCACCAGCCAGAUGACUUCCCAUAAGCGCAAACAUGAGCGCCGCCACAUUCGCUCCUCCGGUGUCAUGGGUCUCUCCUCCAGCUUCCUGGCACCCAAGGAUGAGCCUGAGGAAUCGAGCAACGAUGACCUGAUGGACUUCUCAGCCAUCAGCAGCAAGAACUCCAGCCUGAGUGCCUCGCCCACCACCCAGCAGUCCACCACUGUACCGCACCUGUUGGCCACACCAACCACCGCUGUCUCCUCCUCCCCAUCUGGCCACACCCUCAAGCCCACGUCCUCGCUGCCCAGUGCGAACCAGCGUAUGUCCAGCCUGCUGUCCCAGGCCCUGCCCAGCAAUAUGCCGGUGGCCCUCGCUCUGUCCAACAACGCCCUGGCCGCCUCCAACCCCUUCUUUCCCCUCAUGCCCCGGCUGCCACUCCAGCUCCCCCCCUCAGCCGCCAGCUUAAUAUCAGCCGUGUCCUCCGGCGCCCACUCCAUGCCCACUGACUCGCUGACCCAAGGCUGCUCCACAGCAGGGGCAGACGGAGGCAUGGCGUCCACCCCGACCUCCUUUGCCACCUCUUCCAUCAUGGAGAAGAUCUCAGCAAGCAAGGGCCUGAUUUCACCCAUGAUGGCCAGACUGGCGGCUGCUGCUCUCAAGCCCUCCAGCAACCCAGACACAGGGAAUGGGCAGCCUGCUUCGGCGAGCCGGUUCAAUCUGGUUCACGUGAAGCAGGAGCCAGUGGACGCCACCACUGGGGCCUCCCAAGACUCCAUGCAGGAGCACAGCCUGGACCUGAGCAAGAAGGACCACAGUAAUGAAUCAAACGGACACCCUGUACCGGGGAAUACAUCUCUUUUAUCCUCGCUUAUGAAUAAGAUGUCACAGGUGAACCCUGCCCUCUUCAAUGCCAUGAACCUGAAGACGGAGCUGGAGGCCGGCCAGGGCAGCGACACCUUGGAGGCAGCACAGUAUCUGAACACAGUCAUAAAGAGACCCCUGGCAGACAAGCCCACUGAGAUCUGGAGGACAUACCUCCGCAGGUUUGAUACAGAUGAUUUCUGUGAAGCUCAGUGUGACUUCCUACAGAAAGUGCACUUCCACUGUCUGGUGGAGGACUGCGGGGCACUCUUCAGCACUGUGGAUGGAGCCAUAAAGCAUGCUAACUUCCACCUCCGAGCUACCCUGAAAGUGAAGUCAGAGCCUCCUUUCAGCGAGGCCAAGGAGUCGAGUGAAGGAGCCCUGCUCCAGCCUGCUGCCCCCGUCUCUAUGGCCAACAGUCCAUCCAUGGACGUGGCCAAUCUCACCUCUUCUGGUAGUUACGGCUCCUCUCCUUCCCUGCUGGCCUGGAAGCAACUCACGGGCGCAAUCCCACAAAUGCCCGCCUCAAUGCCCAACAUGCCAGCCAACUCCCCAUUGGCCACCACCUCCCUGGAGAAUGCCAAGCCACAAGUCAAACCUGGCUUCCUGCAGUUCCAGGAAAAUGAUCCCUGUUUGGCUACUGAUUGUAAGUACUCCAACAAGUUCCACUUCCACUGUUUGUUUGGGAAUUGCAAGUACGUGUGCAAGACCUCUGGCAAGGCCGAAUCCCACUGUUUGGACCACAUCAACCCCAACAACAACCUGGUGAACGUGCGCGACCAGUUCUCCUACUACUCUCUGCAGUGUCUCUGUCCAAACCAGCACUGUGAGUUCAGGAUGAGGGGCCACUACCACUGCCUGCGGCCCGGCUGCUUCUUCGUCACCAACAUCACCACCAAGCUGCCCUGGCACGUCAAGAAGCACGAGAAGGCAGAGCGCCGCGCUGCCAAUGGCUUCAAAUAUUUCACCAAGAGGGAGGAGUGUGGCAGGCUGGGUUGUAAGUAUAACCAAGUGAACAGCCACUUCCACUGCAUCCGUGAGGGUUGCCAGUUCUCCUUCUUGCUCAAGCACCAGAUGACCUCGCACGCUCGCAAACACAUGAGGCGGAUGCUGGGAAAGAACUUUGACAGAGUCCCAUCCCAGGUGAUGCCCCUUGGCCAGAGGGCAGACGGGAUGCAACAAAUGUCCGGCAUGGCGUCAGGGCCUGCAGCUGCCCAGGCUGGCAUGACCUCUGGCUUCUCCGGCAUGAUGGACGAGACUGACGACUACAUGGACUACAUGGGAGCGGGAGGAAGCCCCUUGGGCCUCUCCUCCGAGUCCUCCAACCAGGACCGCAGCUGCACCAGCACCCCCGUAGGCAACGAGGGCUCCCCAGCAGGACAAGGCUACCCCGCCACCACUUCUGCUCCUACCACCCCUGCUCCUGCUGACACUAGCGCUCCCCAAAAUGCACCUCCUACUCCUCCUCCUCCUCCUCCACCACCACCACCUCCUCCUCCACCUCCUCCUCCUGCUCCUCAGUCUGGCCUCCAGUCCCAGGCCGCAUCCCUUUCUUCUGCUCUCCUCCGACCUCCUCUUCCCUCACUCCCAUACCUCCUCUCUCCAUCCUGUCUGUCAUACUCUCUGCUCAGCGCCUCUCUGGGAGCCACUCGGAGUGUUGUCAUGCCAACCAACACACCAGCUUUCAGCCCCAUCAUUGCCACUCCGUCUCCAGUUAAAAAUGACGUCCCUAUAGUGCAGGAUGCUGCAGGCAACACUAUCUCCAUCCCCACGGCCACCGGAGCCAAGAAGCGCUUCUGGAUCAUUGAGGACAUGUCACCCUUCGGCAAGCGCCGCAAGACAGCUUCGUCCCGUAAAAUGCUGGAUGAGGGGAUGAUGCUGGACGGCUUCCGUCGCUAUGACCUGUAUGAGAACUGCAAGGACUCCGCCUGCCAGUUCUCCCUGAAGGUGACCCACUACCACUGCACGCGUGAGAACUGCGGCUACAAGUUCUGCGGCCGCACCCACAUGUACAAGCACGCGCAGCACCAUGAUAGAGUGGACAACCUGGUCCUCGACGACUUCAAGCGCUUCAAGUCUUCACUCAGCUGCAACUUUCCUGACUGCCAGUUUUCAGGCAACAGCACCCACUUCCACUGUCUGCGCUGUGGCUUCCGCUGCACAGACAGCACCAAGGUGACGGCCCACCGCAAGCACCAUGGCAAGCAAGAUGUGAUCAGCGCCGCCGGCUUCUGCCAGUUCAGCUCCAGCGCAGAUUGCGAGGUUGCCGACUGCAAAUACAAGCUCAAGUGCUCCCACUUCCACUGCACCUUCCCUGAGUGUAAGCACACUGUGGUGGGCAUGUCUCAGAUGGACUCCCACAAGCGCAAGCAUGAGAAGCAGGAGCGGGGUGAGCUGCCGUCUGUGUCCCCCAAACAGGAGGGGGCACACCACCUAGGAGGAGGUGUGUCGGUGGUCCCGCCAGCUUCUAUGGGUCUUCCCUCUCCCUCACCCAGUGGCCUCCAUGGGAUGUCCCACAACAAUAAAAGCAGCACUCCUUCCAUGCUCUACCCACCAGGCAGCAUGGCGUCCGAGUACAGCCACCCAUACCCGCCUUCCUCCAUCAGCCUGGAUAGCUCACUCAACCUGGGCACAGACACCAGCAGCUCUCUGUUCUUCCUGAAGAACGCAGCCGGCCUGGGCCUCAACGACUCACUGGACCUCAGCAAGAAGAUGCAGCACGACCCGGCCGUGGCUAUGGCCUCCGGCCCCAGCCCCAGCCCCACCCCUCCACUAGGUCUGGCAGCACCUCAAGACGACACCACAGGAACAUCUGGAGAUGCUGAAGACGACCUGUCACCCGAGGAAGAGGCGAACGCGGAGGAGGACGAGGAGGACGACGAGGAGGAGGAUCUCAACACUGACUCAUAUGAAGAUUCAAUGCCCGAGCCUGAUGGCGAAAAAGACAAUGGUGAGAGUUUUGAUGCUUCCGUUAACCACACUGACACUUCCCAACUGGAAAAACAAGAGGCUGGCCCAUAAAAAACAAUGACUGUAGGAACUGAAGAAAAACCCUGUGUACUAUGAACAAACAGAAAUUAAAGUGGCCUCAUUUAUCAUGUUUAGAGACACUUCAGAUGACAAAAGAAAAAAAAAAAAGUGGACAAAUGACGGCCCAAAAUGAUUUAUUAUGAUGUUUACAAGAUGACCAACAUUAUUAAUUCAAUUAUGCAUUAAAAAAUGAACGGAGACACACAGAAUUAGGCCCUCUUUUACACAUGGGGCAGCAAUGUAAAGCAUUUUACUACACAUCAGUCUUUUUGUGUGCGUGCAUGUUUGACUUUAAUUUAUUUUAUUUUUUGUUUUCACUUUUUUGUGUGUGGAAAAAAAAUAUAAGAAAAACAAAAACAAAUCUCUCUAUAUAACUAUAUAUGUAAGUGUGUGUGUGAACGUUGAUAUACAAAGGAAAUUGCUGGCACAGUCAACAUGAACUGCAGGGCCCUGGAUGCAUAGAAAAAGGGAAGCGAAUCACUAAGGGGAAAUUCUUAAACAGAAUGUGUUCAGACAUUUGAUACUUUUUUCUGUAUUAUUAUUAUUAUUAUUAUUAUUAUUAUUAUUAACAUUAUACAUAGAGAGCAAAGGGUUACAUAUUGCUUUAGCUUGUGCCCAUCUCUCUCCACCAGUUGCAAGGUGUUUUUAUUUUGUUUUCUUGACAUGUGGAAUUGACCAGUGACUGCACGGUCAGUCUCAGCUGCAGACGGGCGUCCAGUCGGCCCUCAGCAAGCUGUCAGUUUAAACAGUUCUCUCAGACAUUCUGCUAGAGUCGCUCAACUAGCACCAAAAACCAAGCUCAGCCCCUGUAAUUUAACCCCCCACCCCCUCCACCCCUCCUGUUGAGGAAUCAAGUUUGUGUGUGGAUAGUGCACUUUUAUAUUAGCUGACGAUGAUUACGGUGAUAACGAUAGAUACUCAUGAACAUAUAUUUAAAGAUAUUUUUGUUACCAUUUGCAUCAUUGCAUUACAGUUUCGUUCUAUGUUGUGUUGUUAGUCAGAAGCAUAUCGAUUUGUAAACAGAUGAGGCCGUGACUAACGGCCGGCGGGCUGGGGGUCAAACCGACCGGUGGAAGCGAUGAGUCACUCACAUGCAGCGCGGGAUGACAGAGGAAGUGUCAGGGAGUGUGUUUUAUGUUUGAAAAUGUACAGACAGCAAAUGACGUCUCAACGGCAUUUUGUUUUCCAUUCACUAUGGCUGUGGUUGAGCUCCUGUUGUAAUGGUUUUUAUUUAAUAUUUAUGUGACCUUCCAAUGAGAAAUUUUUAGGGUGUUAUUGCACUUUUUAGGUUCAUUUUUACCGUCUGAAAAAAAAAAGAAAAAAAGAUAAAUAUCUUUUAACAGGGAAUUUGCUUUAAGAUGUUGUUUUAGUUCACUUUGCUUUGAUGCACAAAUAGAUGUUAGUGUGACAAGAACUGUUGUUCUGUGAUUUAUUUAAAGACUGGUUUUAUUUGCUUCUGUAAUUGGACGGUUUUAAAUAUGGAAAUGGGCAUGCCAGAAAUGUGGUGCCCUGUCAGAAACACUAAUGCGAACUGUGAUUUCAAUUAAUUCUUAAGAAGAUCAUGACAAUGCUCACUUACUGUAGUACUAAAUUACAAACCUGUCAAAGCCACCCUCUGGUUUUUAUUGACCGAAUGUGUAAGACCAAGGAGUGGACAUUGUGAUCAUGAAUUAUCUCCUGAGCUUGGCAUUGGAAAUAAAUGAUCAUAAUAUAGGGAAUAAUGUGUGUAGAUGAUAUUCCUCCAAAUAUUGUUUUGAGAAGAAAAAAAGGUUGUACAGUAUUUUCCUCUGUAAAAAAUAACUAUAUAUGAACAAAAUGCUCUUUGAUGAACAGCUUCCUUUAAAAAGAAAACCGUAAAAAGGAGAAAUAAAUAAUAAAAAGUUAAAAAUUCAAAUAGCCUCACCAUAGUGUGCUUGUGUGCGUGACCUUUUUUUUUUUUUUUUUUUUUAACCAUUACCCUCCCCUCACUCUAAUUUUUUGGAAAAAAAGUUGGCAGAUAAAUUAGGGCCCUGUUCAUACCAUAGAAUUGGCGGUGAUGGAGAUUCCGUUUUUUACUUUGAUAUUUUUGCAGCAUUUUUUCUCUCUUUUUUUCCAAAUAAUGUCAAAAACUUAUAAUACACUGAUUUGAAUUAAUUCAUGGAUGUUUCUGUUUUAUUUAACAACUUACUCAUUGUCAUUUUUGUGUGUGCUUUUUGUUUUACAUUUAUUGAAAAUUCUUGGUUUAUAUUUCCUUUGCUGUGGGCAUGCCUCAUUCACAGACUGAAUCGUCUCCCUGGACUCAACUGCAAGGCAGUGCAUCACUAUAUUUGUUUUGUUUUAUUAUUAUUUUUUUCUGAUAAUUUGUUGAGAUAGCUAUCAGGCUGGGAGACGCUGUGCACUUGAAUACAGUUUAUGUGUGUGUGUGCUUGUGUGUGUGCGUGUGGAAAAUAGCAGGAUUUGUAAAAAGUUGAAAAUAAAGAAACUAUAAUUAUUAUAACAACACAUAUGUACUGCUUGAUAGUGCUUUAGCCUGAGGACAUUUUGGGUCACAUGUGGAGGGAGAAGGUGCUGCUGGACGAGCCGGGCUCCGAGGCCUCGGGGGGGUUUGUGCAGACUAACCCAGACAGCAGGGCAAAAGGUCACAGUGGUAGUCUCUCUCUCUCUGUCUCUCUCUUUCUCUUUUCACUCUCACUCUCUCUCCUUCAGUGAUACUACUGACGGCUGUGUGUGUCUGGUCUCUUCCCCUGAGAAAGACGCACAGACGGCGACUGUGAGAACACAGACCUGUGGAACUGUCCCGGCUGCUCAGAGAGCCGCGAGGCCUCAAUUUAUAUUUCAUGACCUUGUGCGUCUUCUCCUGCUUUGAAUUGAAUUUACUCAGUGUGCUUUUGAAGAAAAAAAAAAACAUCUGCAUUUGUGCAGGUCGAGGAAUCAACAAUAUUUGUUGUUGGGGUCGCCCACUGUACGAGCUUGACGUUCUGCUGAGAGAACAAGAUCAGAGCCGGGACCAUUAGGGAGAUUUAGAGGCCUGCAACUGCUAACAAGAUGGCUCUCUGUGUCUUGUUCAGUGUUAACAGGGCACAUAUUUUAGUUUCUGGUAGCUUUUUUUUUUUAUUAUUAUUUUUAUUUAUUUAUUUUUUUUGCUUUGAGCCAUGUGCUAGGUUCUCCUCCCACUCCUUCAGUGUCACCCAGUGGCCAGUGUGCUGGUUCUGUCUGUCCCCCAGUCUACAGCUGUUCCUGUCCUUCCUCCCUCUCUUCCUUGUGAUGUUUUUUAAAUAAAAAAACGGGUAAAGGCAUCACCAUCUGUCAGCCAGCUGGCAUCCUGUAUAUAAUCUACCAGGAAAAAAAAAAGAAUAAACAUGAAAAUUAUAUUACACAAAAACCAGACGGAAACGACCUCCAAAUCCUGCAUAGGCUGCUGCCGAAACGACAGAUCGUUUUACUGUUUUAAUUAACAGAGGAAAAAAGAUUGUAUAAAAAAGUAGGAGGGAAAUAAACUGAGAUGUAUUUCCUCUGCUAAUAAAGUGUAAUAUGAAAGCUACUGCUCCACUGCUACUGCAGUGUUCUGGAUAAACAGAGCAACAUUUUAGCCUUUGUAAAUUAUAUUGCACUUUUGGACUAAAAGCCAUCUCCAGUUCGCAGUCAAUUUGGCUAGAUUCAUAACCAUUACAGGUAGGCAAAUGAGACAUUUUGUAUGAGUAGACAAUGAAGCAAUUUAAAGAAGUCUCUACUUGAAUUUGCUGCCCUCAGCACUACUGUUCAUACUAUUCAUACUGCGUAUUUCCACUUGGAUACAGUGCUGUUCAUCUUCAUUGUGCUAUAUUUAUGUUAUUCUUUGUUUCUGCAUGUCUUAUGCAAAGAUUGAGCUUUUCACUCAAUGAAAUAAAAAUGUACUGAACAAACA